GGCGCCCCGGAGUUGGCCUCACCUGGCCCCUGCGAGUGAUCAGCCUGACCCUUAUCCGCGCCCCGGAGAGGAGCCGUCUGGGACGGGUCCGCGCCAAUUAAAAAUGCCAGAGGACUUUUAGGGACCUGACGAGCCUGGUUCGAGACCUGCCUCCCCGCCCUUUGUGAUUUUCGGCUCCUCCUUGGACGUCUCAGCGCCCCGGUGUCUUCAUUUGUAGGCCGCUGCUGGUGUUCUGGCCCGGCAUGGUGGGCGAGGGGGUUAAACGAGGCAGUAAGCGCACAGCUUGGAGUGACGCCUGCGCGGACUGGAUUCUGGAUGAGUCGUAGGGAAUUCCUCAUGCACGAGGGUUGGCCCGCUCCGCUUCCCAGUGUCAAGGUGUCCGAGAAGGUUGUCUGGCUAGUGAAGCCUCGGAAGAAAGGUGGGGGAUGAAGAUCCAGUUUUGGACGUGAGACUCACUGGGUGAUCAUUUCAUUGAGAUCAGCUUGAAUGACCAGGUGAAAAGUACAAGAGGAAUGUCCUAUGACUGAGGGAACUCAAAUUUUUUUUAUUGCCAAUCUACUUCUUUUGAUUCUACAAAGGAAACUAUAUCUUCAGCAGCCCCUAAAGCCCCGGAGUCCAGUAAAUCAUCAAACAGACUCAUGACUGAAAAACAGCAGGAAGAAGCAGAAUGGGAAAGCAUAAAUGUGCUUUUGGUGAUGCAUGGCUUAAAACCUUUAUCUCUAGUCAAAAGGACAGAUCUUACAGAUCUCAUCGUUUUUGACAAACAGUCAUCACAAAGGAUGAGACAGAAUUUGAAAACCUUGAUGGAAGAAACAACACGUCAACAGAACGUGAUCCGGGAGCUCAUAGAAACUAAUCAGCAGCUUAAAAGUGAACUUCAGCUAGAACAGAGCCGAGCAGCAGAUCAGGAACAACGAGCUAAUGACUUGGAACAAAUUAUGGAGAGUGUGAAAUCCAAAAUUGGUGAAUUGGAAGAUGAAUCCCUAAAUAGAGUUUGCCAGGAACAGAAUAAAAUAAAAGAUCUUCAAAUGGAGCAUAAAGCUUUACAGGCAAAAUGUCAGCAUUAUAAGAAGAUACGAAUGGAGCAACAAGAGACUAUUGCUUCUUUGCAAAAGGAUAUCUAUAGAUUAAGGAAGGAGGAAGAAGAGCGCAUUGUCACUCAAAACAGAGUGUUUGCUUAUCUCUGCAAAAGAGUUCCUCAUACCGUCUUGGAUAGACAGUUGCUUUGCCUAAUUGAUUACUAUGAAUCUAAAAUUAGAAAAUUUCAUGAACAAAGGCAAUAUAAAGAAGAUGAAAGUCAGUCAGAAGAAGAAAAAGACUACAGAAGUCUGGAUGCCCCACCAACUUGUAAAGGCCUUCUAAUGUCAUUACAGAAUCAACUCAAGGAAUCGAAAUCCAAGAUUGAUACACUUUUAAGUGAAAAGCUGAAUCUCCAAAAGGAUUUGGAAACCAGGCCCACUCAGCAUGAAUUAAGACUUUAUAAACAACAGGUGAAGAAACUGGAGAAAGCCCUUAAGAAAAACAUCAAGAGCUCCACUUCUGUCUUCAUAAUCUUGACAUCCUCAAGCCAGCAUUUCUGCUCUGUUGUCUGUGCAUUUUUAAUAUCCCCUGAGGCAACCUCCAAGACAUACUUGAGCUGUCUAGCUUAUCUCCUGAGAUUACAGAAUCUUAUUGGUCAAAGAAAGGCUGAGGACACAGAGAAAAAAGAUGCACCCAGCAAAGAUAGCCAGCAGCAGGCCCUAAUUGACCAGAGAUACUUUCAGGUGUUGAGUAGCAUCAAUUCAAUUGUUCAGAAUCCAAGAGCUCCAGUAAUAAUUUAUAAACAGAGCAAAGGAGGAGCCCAGCAUUUUAAUAAAGAGCUUGUUCAAGAUUGUGGAUUUGAGCAUCUUGUUCCUAUAAUAGAAAUGUGGGCAGAUCAACUGAUUUCCCUCAAGGAUUUAUAUAAGUCCUUGAAAAUCCUAUCUACAGAACUAGUGCCUUGGCAUAAUUUAAAGAAGCAGGAUGAAAAUGAAGGUAUCAGAGUUGAAGAUCUGUUGUUUAUAGUAGAUACCAUGUUGGAAGAAGUUGAAAAUAAGGAAAAGGACAGCAAUAUGCCAAACUUUCAAACUUUGCAAGCUAUUGUUUCUCACUUCCAAAAAUUAUUUGAUGUGCCUUCUUUAAAUGGAGUCUAUCCCCGAAUGCAUGAAGUUUAUACUAGGCUUGGAGAAAUGAACAAUGCUGUGAGAAACCUCCAAGAACUCUUAGAAUUAGAUAGUUCAUCCUCAUUGUGUGUGCUAGUGAGCACAGUAGGAAAACUGUGUAGGCUGCUUAAUGAGGAUGUGAAUGAACAGAUUAUGCAGGUAUUGGGACCUGAAGACCUCCAGAGCAUUAUCAACAAAUUGGAAGAACAUGAGGAAUUUUUCCCAGCAUUUCAGGCAUUUACUAAUGAUCUACUUGAAAUCUUAGAAAUUGAUGACUUGGAUGCCAUUGUACCUGCAGUAAAGAAAUUAAAAGUACUUUCUUACUGAAAACAAAUCAAAUCAUUUUUACUGUGUAAAUUGCAUUCUUAACAUUCUAAGUAUUUUGUAGGAUUGAUCUUACUUUGAGACAAGGGUUAUAAAAAUGUAUUUACUCUCAGAAUUCAUCCCUUUCUUAGAAUUGGGUCCUUCUCCAUUCAUAUAAUUUUUAUUAACUUUGAGAUUCCUAUAUAGAAAACAGUUGCUAAGUUAAAGUAUAAAGUUAACUUUAGAUCCUUUAAUCAUUUCUUAAGCAAUUCUUGAGUGCCUAAAAUUUAACAUUGUUUUAAAGUAUAGCGUGUGAGUAAAAGAGAAUCUCAGGGAGAGAGAUUGCAAGUAACAGAAAGGUUAUAUUUAAGUUCAGGGUUUAGUGACCUUUUUGGUUCUGGGAACAAGGAAUGCCAAUGGCUCUCUUAAGUCCAGCCAAUAGGAAGCUAUUGCUUUCUUGGCAAGGAAACGGCACCUUCUACUAUAUCCCUCCUGGCACUUGCCCUUUCAAAGCAGGAGGAAGAAAAGGAAGAAGAUAAAAGUGUUUUAUCAUUGUUUAGGGUAGGAAAUGAAUUAUGAGGUAAAGUAGAUGAGUAGAUAGAUAGUAGAUAGUCUCUCUUUUAUAAAAAAGUGUCUUUUUUGCAAUCUUGAUGUAAUGUACUUUUUAUAAGGGCAUGAGAUCUUAAAUAAAAUUUUUGUAAAGAAUUUCCAAACUUAAGUGUCCUCAGUGACU